UCUACGAGUAGUACGAGGUAACGAGAUAAGAAAACCACGUCCCACUGUGUUGAAAUUUGCUCUCACCACUCUGCCCCGUACAGAGAAAAUUCUCGAAGAACAUGGCGAGGGAAAGCGCCGGCGCCGGCGCCGGCGGUGGCGGCAGAAGCAAGAAAGAUGGCAAGGCGGGGGCAUUUUUCGCUGCAACUUUAGUGAUGUGGGGCAUCUCGAUUUUAUUCGAAAUUAUCUUCAACAAACGGUCUGAGCUGAUUCCAAUCCUCGUUGGAUCCGUUUUCUUCCAAUUGGCUAACGCCGCCGUCAGGAAAUUUGUGUCACGUGAUCCUCUCUUCGUCAACACGUGCGUCUCCCUCCUCCACUCCUCCAUCAUCUCCGCUUCCGUGGUAAUAAUAUUACUAAAUCAGUGGAUGAAAAGUGGUGUCGAGAAGAUGUUUGAACACUCGCAAUUGGUUGAGGGUACAUGGACACGGGCAUACGAAGCGCUUUGCUUAUCGAGCGGUUACUUUGCAUACGAUCAGUUUGAUAUGUUGGUCUAUCGGUUGUACACCGGUUCGAUCCCGUCAAUCCUUGUUCAUCACUUAGUACUCCUAGUUUGCUUUACGCUCGCGUUAUAUCGCAAAGUCACCAUCAACUAUCUUAUCCUCACUCUCAUCUGCGAGCUGCAUUCGAUCUUUUUGCAUGUAAGAAAAAUUCGGCGAAUGGCUGGUCUGCGUGACUCGGGAAGCAUGAUUGUGAAGGCGGAAUGGGGUCUUAACUGGUUGACAUUUGUGUUUGCAAGAUCUGUGCCGCACGUUCUUAUUACGGUGAAGCUUGUGAGAGAUGCUUCCAAGUUCGACAAGGGUGUCGAGCUGCCACUUGCUCUUUCAGGAAUGGCUGGAAUGAAUUUGUUAAACAUCUUCCUCGGAAUUGAUCUCUUUAAUGCUUACAAGAAGGAGACAAAAUCUCGAAAAGACCAUCGUCACGAAUGAAAUAUUAUAAUUUUCUUUGAAUCUUUUGUUGAAUGCGUAGUUGAAGAUUGCAUUCCUUAUGUAACACAGGAUAUAUAUGAUGUCGUAAAUCAGAAGGAAAAAAAAACGAGAUUUCAGUGAAAAAAAA